AUGGCCAGUGUUCCAUCGAGUUCCCAGGCUGUGAGGCAGAGGCCCCAGCCUGGCCCCUCCGGGCACCAGCCGGAUGUGAUGCUGGACGCACAGAGACCAGGACCGCCAGCAGCCCAGGCACACAGCAGCCCUCCGCCAGAGGGCUCCGGCCGGCGCACGCAGCGGGAGAGGUCGGCCGCUCUCCAGGAGUCGGAGGAGGCAGCCACGGGCGAGGAGGACGCCUGGGACCUGGACAUGCUGUGCGGCCUCAAGAUGAGGCUGAAGCGACGGCGGGUGUCCCCGGUGCUGCCCGAGCACCACGAGGCCUUCAAAAGGCUGCUUGGGGACCUUGUUGUGAAAAUAUUCCUGGCCUGGGACAAAAAUCUGAGGGUAUCUGACAAGUAUCUCCUGGCCAUGGUCAUAGCGUAUUUCAGCCGGGCUGGCCUCCCCUCCGGGCAGUACCAGCGAAUUCACUUCUUCAUAGCUCUCUACCUGGCCAACGACAUGGAGGAGGACAACGAGGGCCCCAAACAGGACAUCCUUUGGCUCCUCUAUGGGAACGACCGUUCCCAGCGUCUUCUGUUCCACCAACAGCGAGUCCAAUUCGCCCAAUCCAUGGGCUGGAAGGCCUGGGUCUCCCGGGAAGAGUGUGAGGAGAUCCAAGCGUUUGACCCAGAGCUCCCGGUGUGGAAGCGAGACCGCAGCCUGCUCGCUGUGUGAGCGCUCCCGGGACCACGGAGGCCUGGGCUCACCGGCCCAGA